AUGGCGUCUUUCGAGGAUGAGGCAGAGCCUCUGCCGGUUACGUAUUACUAUUUCGAAGACGAGAACAGUGAACCUGUCUCGUUUCAUGUUUUGCCGAUUGAGUGGGGUAAGGAUAAGGCUCAUGAGAGACAGAGGAAAAGAGAGAUCUAUCUGCGCGGCACUGCCGAUAAUGGCCUUGAGAAGGUACAUAUGCCGGUUUUCGCUUGGAAAGUUGACCUGUUUAGUGUGAGGCCGGUGAUAUCGGUGCUCUCCCAGAACAACAAGUGGAUUGUGCUUCAGAGGCCCAGGAAGAGCUUCGAGAGGAUUAUAAAGUCAAUUUUGGUUACGCUCCACUCGCUUAGUUAUGUGAUCAGGAAUCCCCAAUCGUCUGCCAAAUCAAUGUGGGAGUACUUAGCUGAUGUUUUCAGGUCGUAUGAGGCCAAGCCUUCCCAGAGUGAUCUCGUGGAGCACAUGCCUUUAAUUAAUGAAGCUGUUCAGAAGGAGGAUGCUUUGGCCAAGUCCAAGUUUAUAGUCAACUUCUCUCUUCAAGAGCCCACAAAGAGGAACCUAUCUGAUGAGGAUAUCCAAUUAAGAAGAAAGCCACGAUCGUCCACUGAUGACCUAUUUGAAAAUGUUUGUGCUUUUUGUGAUAACGGUGGUGACCUGUUGUGUUGUGAAGGGCGAUGCCUAAGGUCUUUUCAUGCAACUGUAAAGGAUGGUGAGGACUAUACUUGUGAAUCUCUUGGAUUUACUCGGGAUCAAGAAGAUGCAUAUCGAAAAAUUGAUUUCUACUGCAAAAAUUGUCAACAUAAACAGCAUCAGUGCUAUGCUUGUGGGAAGUUAGGCUCCUCUGACAAAUAUUUUGGUGCUGAGGUCUUCCUCUGCACUUUUCCAAGGUGCGGUCAGUUUUAUCAUCCUCAUUGUGUUGCAAAAUAUGAGACUGGAGUUUCUGAUGAAGAACUUGAGAAAAGAAUUAUGCUGGGGGAAUCUUUUACAUGUCCAAUUCACAAGUGCUGCUCUUGUAAGCAAUUAGAGGCUGCUGAUAUUAAGGACCCUGGAUUGCAGUUUGCUGUGUGUAGGCGUUGUCCUACAUCCUACCACCGUAAAUGCUUGCCACGGGACAUUCAUUUUGCAAAAGACAAGGAUGAUGAAGACACAGAGAUAAGAGCUUGGGAAGGUCUAUUAUCUAACCAGGUGCUAAUAUAUUGCACAAAACAUAAAAUGGUUAAAACCCUUAGAACUCCAAGAAGGGACCAUGUUAAAUUCCCUGAUGUCAAUGACAAGGAAAUUGCUGCUGAGAAAAAGACUUAUUAUCAAGAGAAGAAGAGAAGAUUAACAUCAGAGUCCCAUGUAGUCAGUGAGAAUUCUGUGUCAAGGAAGGACCAUGUUAAAUUCCCCAAUGUCAAUGACAAGGAAACUGCUGCUGAGAAAAAGAGGUCUUGUCAACAGAAGAAGAGAAGAUUAACAUCAGAGUCCCAUGUAGUCGAUGAGAAUUCUGUGUCAAGGAGAAAAAGCUUUCCUCAGAAGGGUUGCAUAAAGAAGAAAAUGCUCCUAUACCGAUGA